ACCUUGGAUGCUGUUAAUGUGCAACAAACAACUUUGCCUUUAGUUUCAUCAGACCUCUUCCCCCUCACUCUGCCACACGCACACCUCUAUCUCUGUGUUGUAUAGCCUCAGUUAAUUUUCAGAUUUUACGAGAUGGACACUUUUUUUAAUAUUUUCUCUCAAUCUGAUAAAUAGGAUAUUCGGUUCUCUAGAACCCAUUUUUAUUUUUUCUCUCUAAACCACCAAAACUACUAGCAUGGCUGCUUCUAAUGUGAAGCUCGCCUUCUUCUCUUCUCUACUCCUUUUUUUCCUGAUCAAUCCCAGCCAAUCACUUUCUUCACAUAAUAUCUAUCUCGAAAGACAAGCUUCAAUCCUGGUUUCUGUCAGACAAUCUUUCGAGUCAUAUGAUCCUUCAUUUGAUAGCUGGAAUGUGUCCAACUACCCGCUUCUUUGCUCUUGGACUGGCAUCCAAUGCGACGACAAGAAUAGAUCAGUGGUUGCUAUUGAUAUAUCCAAUUCAAACAUCACUGGCACUCUAUCACCAGCGAUCACUGAGCUUCGAAGCCUUGUCAAUCUUUCGCUGCAAGGAAACAGCUUCUCUGAUGGGUUCCCACGAGAAAUUCACAGGCUUAUAAGGCUUCAGUUCCUCAACAUAUCCAACAAUCUGUUCAGUGGACAGCUGGACUGGGAGUUUUCUCAGUUGAAAGAACUUCAAGUGCUGGAUGGUUAUAACAACAAUCUCAAUGGUACGCUACCAUUAGGUGUCACCCAACUUGCCAAGCUCAAGCACUUGGAUUUUGGCGGGAAUUACUUUCAGGGGACUAUCCCUCCAAGCUAUGGAAGCAUGCAACAGCUGAAUUAUCUCUCAUUGAAGGGAAAUGAUUUGCGUGGUUUAAUACCUGGCGAGCUUGGUAAUCUUACUAAUCUUGAGCAGCUCUACUUGGGGUAUUACAAUGAGUUCGAUGGAGGAAUCCCACCUGAGUUUGGCAAGCUGAUCAAUCUGGUUCAUCUAGACCUUGCAAAUUGUAGCUUACGUGGACUGAUACCGCCUGAAUUGGGAAACCUCAACAAGUUAGAUACCCUCUUCUUGCAAACAAAUGAGCUCACCGGUCCGAUCCCUCCCGAACUGGGCAACCUGACCAGCAUCAAAUCUCUUGAUCUCUCAAACAACGCGCUAACAGGAGAUAUCCCACUAGAGUUUUCCGGUCUUCAUCGUCUCACCUUAUUGAAUUUGUUUCUUAACAAGUUACAUGGGCAGAUCCCUCAUUUCAUUGCGGAGCUACCUGAGCUGGAAGUCCUGAAGCUUUGGCACAAUAAUUUCACCGGAGUCAUUCCUGCUAAGCUGGGAGAAAAUGGCAGAUUAAUUGAACUUGAUCUGUCAAGCAAUAAGCUUACUGGAUUAGUCCCUAAAUCUCUCUGCUUAGGAAAGAAGCUGCAGAUUCUAAUCCUGCGCAUCAACUUUUUGUUCGGUCCUCUGCCUGAUGAUCUUGGUCAUUGUGACUCUCUCAGGAGAGUUCGGUUGGGGCAGAAUUUUCUGACUGGAUCAAUUCCAAGUGGUUUCCUUUACUUGCCGGAACUGUCACUCAUGGAGCUGCAGAACAAUUAUCUGAGUGAACAGGUUCCACAACAAACAGGCAAGAUACCGUCUAAACUUGAGCAGAUGAAUCUUGCAGAUAAUCACUUAUCUGGGCCGCUUCCUGCAUCCAUCGGCAAUUUCUCCAACUUGCAGAUGCUUCUGCUCAGUGGAAACCGAUUCACAGGGGAAAUUCCACCUCAAAUAGGUCAGUUGAAAAAUGUCCUUACAUUGGACAUGAGUAGAAACAACUUGUCUGGGAAUAUCCCCUCUGAAAUUGGCGACUGUCCUACCUUGACUUACUUAGAUUUGAGUCAGAACCAACUCUCAGGCCCGAUUCCAGUUCAUAUCACACAAAUUCACAUAUUAAAUUACCUUAAUAUAUCCUGGAACCAUUUGAACCAAAGUCUACCCAAGGAAAUUGGGUCCAUGAAAAGUCUAACCUCGGCAGAUUUUUCUCACAACAACUUCUCUGGUUCCAUACCUGAAUUUGGACAAUAUUCAUUCUUCAACUCCACAUCAUUUAUCGGUAACCCUCAACUUUGUGGUUCUUACUUAAACCCAUGCAACUAUUCAUCCAUGUCUCCAUUACAACUCCACGACCAAAAUAGCUCCAGGUCUCAGGUCCAUGGAAAAUUCAAGCUUCUUUUUGCUCUGGGACUUUUAGUAUGCUCUUUGGUAUUUGCGGCUUUGGCAAUUAUCAAGACCCGAAAGAUCCGAAGAAAUUCAAAUUCCUGGAAGCUCACAGCAUUCCAGAAGCUGGGAUUUGGAUGCGAAGACAUAUUGGAAUGCAUCAAGGAAAACAACAUCAUAGGGAGAGGUGGCGCUGGCACUGUCUACAGAGGUUUAAUGGCUACCGGAGAACCAGUAGCAGUCAAGAAGUUGUUGGGAAUAAGCAAAGGCUCGUCUCAUGAUAAUGGCCUAUCUGCUGAAGUGCAAACAUUAGGCCAAAUUCGACACAGGAAUAUAGUGAGGUUGUUGGCAUUUUGUUCCAAUAAAGAGUCCAAUUUACUUGUAUACGAGUACAUGCCAAAUGGAAGCCUAGGUGAAGUUCUGCAUGGGAAGAGAGGUGGUUUUCUCAAGUGGGAUACCAGGCUGAAAAUUGCUAUUGAAGCUGCAAAAGGCCUAUGCUACUUGCACCAUGACUGUUCCCCUCUAAUCAUCCACCGGGAUGUCAAGUCCAAUAACAUCCUGCUCAACUCAGAUUUUGAGGCUCAUGUAGCAGAUUUUGGUCUUGCCAAGUUCUUACGAGACACUGGAAAUUCAGAAUGCAUGUCUGCAAUUGCUGGCUCUUAUGGCUAUAUUGCUCCAGAAUACGCAUACACCUUGAAAGUGGAUGAAAAAAGCGAUGUCUACAGCUUUGGAGUGGUACUAUUAGAGUUAAUCACAGGCAGAAGGCCAGUUGGCGACUUCGGAGAAGAAGGGCUAGACAUUGUUCAAUGGACAAAGACACAGACCAAGUCAAGCAAAGAGGGGGUGGUUAAGAUUCUGGAUCAAAGGCUGGCUGAUAUUCCAUUAAUUGAAGCAAUGCAAGUCUUUUUUGUGGCAAUGUUGUGUGUUCAAGAACAAAGUGUGGAGAGGCCAACAAUGAGAGAAGUUGUUCAGAUGCUUGCACAAGCUAAACAACCCAACACAUUUCACAUGGAGUGACUUCACCAGACACAUUAUAGAAGUUGUUGACAACAAGAAGACAUAGAUGAUUCACUGAUUAUGAGUGGUGAAUGUCGGGGAUGCAACUCUGUUCAAGCAGUAUAACCAGGCUACCUUUGCUGCGAUUAUUAUUUAAAGUAUAUAAAUCAUAAAUGGUGCUUCUUCUUCUUUUCCCUUUUCCCUCUUAAUGGGGUUACUGAUGCUUAAAAGCAUGUCUGGCUCUAAUAUUGUGCAUGCCGUUGAUUAGAGCUAAGCUGUAGUUAGCUUGGAGGGAUGAUUUUGGUCUCUUUAUUUAGGCAUGAAAACAUGAAUAGGAAAAGAUGUACGUACUGCAAACCUAUCUGAUCGUGAUUCCUGGCUUCAUUAUUAUAUAUAUAUGUCAUCAUUUGGAUGGCAUGCUCUUGCUUUUA